GGGUGCUGCAUUACACAGCAGAAAGCUCCUUGAACACUGAAGCGCGGUAGGUUUGAUUUUCUGGAAUCCAUUUAUGUCUGCCUCGUAGCUCACUGCUGAGCUAAUACCAGCUAGCAGAAUGCUGGCAUGGAUUUUUUUUCUUCUUAACCUUUUUAUUUCUUCUUUUUUCCUUUUUUUUUUUUCCCUGGAGUUGUAAUCUGUAUCCAAGACCAUAAGGGAGGUUGCGGAUGGCAAACAGUUUGAAAUCUGAGGGAGAAAGGAAAUGGUCCUCACCUAAGGAGGAACUGACAGAGAAGAAAAGGGGAAGGGAGGAGUGGUACAAGGGGGAGGGAAGUACAGCUUACCCGUGGGCACAGCUGAGAGAAAACUGAGGCAGAGCUGCUUCUAUGUAGGCAAGGCACUCAAUGGAGGCCUUAGAGGCAUUUUCUGAUGCAAAACUGAGUUCAGUUUUUUCCUUGCUGUGUAAAAUAAAAUAUUUCCUUAAGAUUAAAAACUGUACCUUAACGUAUUUUAAAAUAUAUUUGUUUCUGAUGUGUUGUGGAUGGUAACACAAGUAAGUGAGAGCUAAAAUAAAAUUACCGAAGAAAACAGCCAGGCGAUAUCCAGCGUAUGAGCUCUAUCUCUAUGGAGAAGGGAAUUAUGCUGAAGAAAACAAAAAUCUGAUAUUGACAGGCAUUCCAAUUCUCUUUCUUCCUGGAAAUGCUGGCAGUUACAAACAAGUGCGUUCUCUUGGCUCCAUUGCUCUUAGAAAAGCAGAAGAUCUUGACUUCAAGUAUCAUUUUAAUUUCUUCAGUGUCAACUUUAAUGAGGAGUUGGUUGCGUUGUAUGGUGGUACUCUGCAACGACAGACUAAAUUUGUGCAUGAAUGCCUAAAAGUAAUUCUUAAGUUGUACAGGGGUCAGGAAUUUGCACCAACCAGUGUUGCCAUAGUAGGUCAUUCCAUGGGUGGUCUUGUUGCAAGAGCACUGCUUACCCUGAAGAAUUUUAAACCGGAACUUAUAAACCUCCUCAUUACUCAAGCUACACCUCAUGUUGCACCUGUGAUGCCUUUGGACAGAUAUCUUACUGAUUUUUAUGCAGCUGUAAACAAUCAUUGGAUUCUAAAGGCCCAAGAUUUAAGAAAUUUAACUACCCUUUCUGUGGCGGGAGGAUUCAGAGAUUACCAAGUUCGUUCAGGACUGGCUUUUCUACCAAGACUGAGUCAGCAUGACAGUGCCUUAUCUGUUGUGAGUUCAGCUGUGCCUAGGGCUUGGGCCUCAACAGACCAUCUCUCCAUAGUGUGGUGCAAGGAAUUGAUCCUCGCUACCAUUAGAGCUUUUUUUGAUCUCAUAGAUGAAAACACAAGGCAGAUAACUGAGGAUCCCAAGAAGAGAAUGUCUGUGUUGAAUCACCACUUUGUUAGACACCCUGGAAAGAUAUUUGAGGAAAAUCCUGAAGCUUUCACAGAACUUACAGGAACUUUCGCGUGGAUUAAAGUCAAAACCUCAAAAUGGACUUAUUCGGUUUACAAUGAUUCUGAUGGAAAAUAUUUCACAUUUCCUCUUGCAAGCCACAGAGAAUCCUACAGUCACAUUUACUGUGAAAACACUAUGUUGGACACGAGUAGCUGGAUUUAUGGCUGUAUGAACAGCAAUUCUUCAGUAUGUCUGGAAGCUACUGACCUAUCCUGGAGGGCUGAGUUACUUCCAACCAUCAAGGUUGUAAUACUGAAACUUCAGGACUAUCCUUCUUUGUCCCACAUUGUCAUUCUUGUACCACCCUCAGCUGGCAAUAAGUUUACUUUGGACUGUGAAUUCUUCAAAGAGGAUUCCAGAACAAUACAGCUCCCUGUAACAAAUCUUUUUUCCUUUGGACUUUCUUCAAGCAAAAUUCUAUUAAAUUCAUCUGGCUUAUUUUACAAUGUACAGCUUCAGCACUUCAACCAAGUAUAUCAAGCUUUCAAAAUACAUGUAGAGAGCCACUGCCAGUCACUGAUAGAAAGAAAACCUAGUGUUUACAGACUUCAUAUACCCUGGUCACAUGAAGACUCAGUAACUGUGGUUAACGUUCCAUCAUUUACUGAGAUUUCUGCAAAACUGCACAUUGCUCAGCCUGAAAAUGAGAGCAGGGUUCCAGUGUUAAAUAUUUACUCUUCAUCAGACUGUCAGUAUGAAGUAAUUCUGAAGACGUCGUUUUUACAAGUUCUUGGACAAAUAAUCAGGUUCCAUGCUGGCGCUCUUCCGGUCUAUGUUGUUUCUAAUAUUCUCCUUACCUAUGGAGGACAGUUGAAUACACUGAUGUCAACAGGCCAGUGUUCAGAAUUUUCACUUGAACUAGUUAGAACAGCUAAACCCUACAAAGUAGAACCUAUUAUAAGCAUUGUUGUGUUUCUGCAGGGGUUUAACUGGUUUAGAGAGAUAUGGGAUUCACUCUUGCUACCAGAGGUGGAUGCUGCUGUACUGAGUAGUCAGGAUGCAUGGUUCCCCCUUGUGUCCCUGAUUCUAUUUCUUUUUGGGACAGGCAUUGCCUACUGGAGUGCAGUAUUUUUCUCUACGUCUCUGAGAAUCUUCUCUUCAUUGUGGUUAACUCUGACUAGACCUACUGUACUUUCAAAAGCUAAAUUGAUUACACCCAGAAGACUCUGCAUGGUGGGGUCCCUUGCUUUGGUUAGCUGGACCACUUGUGGUGCAUUUGCUCUAUUCAUUAUUUAUCUUCAAUACUUGGUCAAGGUUAUAAAACUAAGUGUGAAUGUAAGAGCAGAGCAAAACGUGCUGAAUAGGGAUUUGGACCACUCAAAGGAAACUUCACAGAAUUCCAUUGGAUGCACAGUCAAAAACCAGGAUUUGAUAGACAGUACUUCAGGAGCAACACAGUCUCUCUCCAGUAGUACAACUGCUGAAGCUGCUAACACUCUUAAGAUCCAUGUUACAGUGCUCAAUUUAUUCACGUGGAUUGUUCUGCUCAACUUGCCAUCUUUAGUUUAUUGGUUAAAAAAUCUCAGGUACAGUGUUAGACUUGACCCUGAUCCAUGUAGAACUACAGCUAUUAUACUUGUAUGCAUUUUAGAAAUUCUCAUGAAUUCGAGUACUUCUGAAAUGAAAUCAAGUCAACUCCUGAAGAUCGCAGCCAAAGUUCCACUCCUUUUGUCUGUUGCAGCGUUGGCUUUCGGAAGAAUGCAUUUAUACAAAGUACCACAUUUUGUCACUUUUUCUCUUCUUCUACACCUGCUGUGUUGCUUUGUGUAACGUUUGUUUUACAUAAGAACAGUGCGGCCUAGAAAGUAACAUUGGAGAGGGGACAAAUUUCAACAAAGAAAUGCCUAGACUGACAUAACUUGCAUUAUUUGGGAAAGACAGCUGCAACGUGAUUGCUUUAUGAAAAGUUUUUGGUUCUGUUCAUACUGCUUAGAAAGUUUUUCGUGGUGUUCAUUUCCUGACUGUGGAAAAUGAAGUGAAUUAACUGUGCGUGUGUAAGCACAUGAAUUGUAUUAAUGCUACGUCUCAACACUCUGUUGGCCUUGCAGACACUUUGAUAUUUCACUGUAUUUCUGUGUUGAAAUAGACUUUUUUUUACUCAGUACACUGUACAGUGCGUAUGUUCUGAACUUGCUUCUCUUGCAGUUCUGAAGUAUGCUGGUUAAACUCAAUAAACUUAAAGCACACUGUGACUAUCAGAAAUACUACACAGCCAAGUAUACUUUUAAUCAUUUUAUGCUACGUAUAAAACCUGCCACAGUUGUGUCUAGUCAAACCAGAAUGUACUGCUUCUAUAGAGCUGUUAUUUCUAGCAAAGUACUUGUUCAAUUACUGUUAGAUGAGUGAGAGAUUAUUGAAAGUUUUAAACAUCUUCAUUUUUGUGAGAGUGAGAAAACAACGACACUUUGUGUAGCUUUCUAUUCUGGAAGCUUACCAGCAGAUUCAUAAACAACUGGCUGCAAUGUUGUUUUAAAACAUUGCCGAUUUGCUCUGGAAUUUCGUUAGUUCAGAAAUGACUCCUUAGUCCUUGUCUAUAUGUAGGAGGUAGCAAAUGUUAAGGUGUGAUGCGAGUUUACAGUACAGUUGCUAUACUGCAGUUUCCAGAUAGCCAAGGCAGGGUUCUUUCCUGUUGUAAAUGGAGAGUCAUCAUCUCAUAGUAAAUGUCCAUAGAGUAAUUUAGUAUGAAAUAGCUACAACAGUGUAAAUCCAUGCCUUGCCAUACUGUGCUAACUUCCUCGUGUGGACAAGCUCUUAGGUAGUAUAAAAUACUGACCAUAAUUAUUAGCUCUACGUAAAGAAUUAUCUUAGUGCCUAGAUGCUACAGUGACUGCCAUUUACAACAAUGCCUAGAAUAGCUGUGUGUAAGGAAUUCUGUCUCUUGGUAUGUGUUUUGCCAACAGAAGAAAUCACACUAACCAUUAUGUUAUUUAAAAUGAGGUAUUGAUUCCAUGUAGAGAUGAGUGCUACUACUUGCUUCUGUGUUAGCUGUCUCCACUAUCUGAGAUACCUGUCAUCUUCAUAUGGAAUUACUAUACCAGCUUGAUUACCUAAUACGGAUAAUAACAGGAGAUCUGCUACCUACUGUCAAUUGAGUGUAUUCUUAAUAUCGUAGUAGAGCCUGACCCAUUGAUUUUAUUGUAUCUUGUUAUUGUUGCCUAAAGUGCCUCAGUUAGUUCUAGCUUGUUCGUAGAGUUAAUUCAUCUGAGCUGCCUGAAAAGACUUAUUAAUUCACACAGUGACUUUUGAAAAUGAACCUCUUCUGUCUUAUAAACAAGUCGGCUGUUCAAGGUAUUACUAAGUCAUUAGAACUGCUUUUAUUAAUAGUUAACCAAACCACUGUUACUGUUGUCAGUAACCUACCUGCUGACCUUUAAGUCUUAACAUUUUACUAACAAGAUUAGAUCGUGCAUAGUGUUUGUAAACCAGAGAAAUUAACUGUAUUAUAUCCUGAUACUGUCAAACCAAAUGUAUGCUACGGUAUAUGUAUAUAAGAUAAUUUGUGUCUGCAUAUACUUGUAGCUUGAUUUAGCCUAGAGGUUACUUUUCAGACACAGAAGAGUAUAGUAGUUCUCCUGUUUUCGAGUGGCUGUGAGUGUGAAGGAUAGUGACAGAACGGCAAAGGGGCCACCUAUGAAACGUGCAAAGAUCUCAUUUCAGUGGAAGAUAAUUUCCUUGUCCUUCAUGGUCCCUUUGGCCUACUGCUGUAUUUUGCUUCCUAUUUUGGUUUGCCAUCUUUAUCACUUCUUCAUGCAUGAGCCCAUUUGUUGGUGGAAUGAAAUAAUAAUCAGAAGGAGGAGAGCAAACAGUCUCAAGGUGUAGUAACUUUGGUAACUUCCAAAAUCGGACAGUGCGUGAAACAUACCAAAUCACAACAGCAUAGAAUAACACCGCUUUUCUUAUUUAAUGGUAUUUUUGUAAGCUGGGAUUUUUGUUGAUGUUGUUAUCAUUCCUCAUGAAAUGGGUUACAAAAUGUUAUGGAGUGAUUCUUACAUGAUAUUGAAAGUGUAGGUAGGAAUGGAGAGACGUAAUCCUUAGUCUGAGAUCCCAGAUGACGGACUUUUAUCACUCUUCUGUCGAUGCUUCCUUUUCCAAAGGUUAUUUACUUUCACAGGGGGAAGAAGUAGUCUUAUUGUAAAUUUGGAUUUUGGAUGCUUUGUGUGUCAUUGCUAGAUGAAAAACGUGCUCUCAGAGAUGUGCACUGGGGUUUUGCAGUGACUAAGGACUGUCUAACUGCCGUUUGAGAGAUGAGGGUUCUAAUCUCAACUAGAUUCCCUGUAUAAUCGGUAGAGGGGAUUAGAACAAAUCCAGAGAGCAAUUCAUCCAAUUCUAAGAAAAGAUUUUAUAAGUUUCCAAAAUAGUUUUUCAGAUAAAUAGUAUGAUUGUACUUUUGGAGAAAAGGCUUCUAUUCUACCGAUUUCUAGUUCUGCCACUUCCAUCAUGACAGUCUCAGCAGAAAUGUGGGCUAACCCCACUGUAAGGGCUUUUUAAUUGGCUGUAUGACGAAGUAUAAAUAUUACCAGAAUAUGCUUCUGUAUGAGUGGACGUUUAUAAAACAGCUUUUGGGAAAUACAUUCUCUUAACACCUUCAAAUCCAAAUUCCAGUUUACUCUUCAAACUUAAAACUAUCCAGAGUCACUGGAGAAGAUGAAGACAAGCUAUUUCAUGGUGAUUUAAAACUCUGUGCUGUAAAGGAGGAUUUCUGCUAACUCCCACUCCAAGUUGGUUGUUCUGUUCUUUUUUAGAAGUUGAGGUAUUAAUUUUGCAAAACCACUGUGGAUGUUUGCCACAUUUACAUGGAGAUCAUGCCAUGUAAAACAAAGAGUUUUUGGCUCAUAUGUCAGGAGACAAUCAAAAUAAGAAUGUGCGUCUCCCUUAUGUUUUUGUAAGCUACUAGGAAGGGAAUUAAAAAAAAAAAAAAAAGGAAAAAGAAAAAGACAAUACAGAGUACCAAAUGUCAGAAAUUGAAGCAGAAUCUUUCUUUCUUAUUAUGCUGCAGUAAUAGCUAUACCCGUAGCUAUCACUUCAUAAAAGAUUUGUAUUUGUGAGGUAAGGAAAAGGUGUUAUUUCUUGAUUGGAACUACUAAUGGUGAUAUUUUCAGAAUUGAUUUGAAGUUGGUUGCAGUAUGUCACAUUUUUGCAUCAUCUGAAAAGGGGAUUUGUCCUUUUUUGGUUACCUAAGGAAAAAAAAACAAGCACACAGUAAAUGAAAUUCCAUUUAAUUUUAUUUCUAACACUUGAAGUUCUGUACUGAUGGUUUCUUUUUGUGAGCUGAUACAUAUAGCGAUUUAUUCCAGAAGACACAUCUGCAAAGUUAAAAUCAACAAAGCUGGAAAAAGUAGUUGUAUUGUAUUACAGAAAGACUGGGGACUGCCUGUAUGCCAAAGAGAGCUUUUUAACUACCUGGGCCACCCUUGAAGUCAUUCUUUAAAAAAUAAUAAUAAUAAUAAUUACCUUGAUACUUAAAGCAAACAAAUAACAGGCAAAGAAAAGCAUUAUUUUAUAGGUUGGUAUUUGAUAUGAAGUCUAAUUUUCCAUCUGUUUGCCAGUAACAGGGUUAUAAGCCUGUCACUUAGCUUUUUUUUUCCCCUAAAAUCUGACAUGUCCUUCAGACCUUGACAGGAUGAACAAAGCUAAUCUGUUGCCUGUGCAUAAAAUUAAUAUUUGAGAAGCCUUUUUGAUCUAGCUGGUGAAGUUGAAUUCAAUGCAUUGAUGAGUGUGCUGAUAAGGAAAUACUUUUUGUUAGUUUACGCUGAGAAAAAGUGCAGCCAUUUAUAGACCUUUAAUGCUCUUAGCUACUGAAAAUGGUUUUGGAGGCAGUUAUGGUGUGUGUACAGUAAUCGCGCUGCUGUUUCAAGUCACCAAGCCAGUAGAAAACUGUUAGCUGUAAAAGAGACUGAAGUCAAUGUUUUUUACUUAUCAUGGUGAAUGUUAAUUGCUUAAUUUUCAGGUUUGGCUCUUUACAUCUCCUUUUUGGGGGGGAGAUAAUCAAACUAGCCUUUAUAAGCACUUAGCACUGCACUGUAAGUGGUUUUAAAUCUUACGUCACCACACUUUUAGGGCAGACGUGUUUCUGUCACCAAAGCUAUGUGCUGCUCUUGUAUACCUCUGGAGAAGUGUACCAGUGAGUGACAAUUGAAAAGCAGGUUCAUUUUUAUUUUGAAGUAAAAUAGGUUUUCUGCCUUUUCUUAGGGCUAGGACUAUAAGCUUGUAUUCAUAGUAAAAUACUUAAAGUCUCUUGAAGUUUAUUUGACGAAGCUAUUACAAAUAUCUAUUUUUUAUUUAUGGAAGAAUGUAUUCAAAACUUCUAAUUGGGACAUUAAAAGAUAAAAAUAAUAAGUAUCCAUUUCAUCUUAUUACUAAACAUUACUUUUUCUUUUAAGUAAAUGUAAGUAUUUAGAAAGUUCUAUAGCUUUUACUGAAGUCUGCCCACCACUUCAAUUCUUCAGUUAUAUCUAAGCAUGGAACUGCUUCAAAUAUGUGCUUAUGGCAUCAUAGCCUAGAAACCAGAGUCAAAGCUGUGACAUUUAAACUUCAAGUUGGUUUAAGAUUUAGGGUCUCAUUCUACAUUCUUAUAUGCAUGCAGGUUUUGCAACUCAGUCUCUCAUAAAAGAUCUUUUAAGCAUGUUUUCUCUGCAGUUCUUGAUAGGUUGUGGUCUAAAUUCUCUUGGAAACAUGUAGUAUCAGAGCUAAUGUUGUGUCUCUGAAGUUUAGGAAUGGUACACAAAAGCUUGUUACUUCACAGUACAUCAUUCCAGUUGCUCCUUCCAUAAAGAGUUAUCCUUGGUUUGCACUAUCCUUCUGCUGUAGCACAAAACUAGAGGUUCACAGUAAUAGUAGGCACUGCAGGUGAUAUAGUGAAGAUACAUAGCAUCUGUCCUGUAGGCUUUUGCUUUACUGAAGUUUUUCCAUGUUCAUUGAACUACCAAUGAAGACCUUGUUUUCCUCCAAAUUCUUAAAUUAGUUAAAGGCUUAUAUUAAAUCUUUAGAUGUGUAGCUUUUUGAAAUGUUAAAAGCACUAUUCUGGGAUCAACUCAGGCUUCUCUAUUUUCUAUUUGUGUCACUCUAAGUGUGAAAACAGUAUUAGAGAUCAGUACCUGACAACUGAAAUAUUUUACAGAAGUCUGCAAAAAUAGACAUGGGAUACAUAAUUUGUGCCAGACCAAAACUGAAAUGUGAAAUUCCUCACUGUGACUUGAAACUUGUAUCUUCAUAAAGCAAAAAAACAGACACCACCAUCACAAAACAAAACCCACAACUGUGUGCCUUAAACCAGUAAAUGCAUACACACUGACUGUAGCCUUUGGACUUCUGUAGCCUUAUUUUUCUUUUUUGAACUCAAAGAGUUGUGUGGAUCAUACAUAUAAUUGGUUUGGGGAAAAUCAUUUUUUAUUUUUAUUUUUUUAAACCCUACAUUUACAGACAUGAAGAUUUAUGAGAAGUACAAUGCACACACUUAACCGCCCAAAGACAGGAAACUUUAGCUGACCUUAAUUUCUCAUUUCUUUCUUUAAUGACAAAGAAAAAUAAGGAAGAAAGAUUAGCAUCAGAUGCAUCUCAUCUUCUAAAUCUUUGUGUCAGAAUCUUUCAAAUUCAGUUUAUUUUCUUCAAAACUGUAGCUCAAGCAAAAUACUUUAUUUUAGCCAUUAAGUAUCAACGUCUACUCAGAAUGGUUUGGGUGGAGUUGAGGGGCAGGGAUGCAUUUGUUUGCAAGCUUUUAGACAUUUGAAUAAGGAAUUUCAUGUUUUAGGAAAAAUGUAUCUAUAAGCUUGAAAAAAUAAGUUUACGCAUUCUGCUCUUAAAUCAUCAAAAAGACAUAUUCAAGAUCUUAAAAUCCUGCUUUGAUGUAGUAAAAAAAAAAUUAAAUAAAAUUCUUACUGUUUAGCAUGAAGAACUGAGGAAAAGCUGCUUCUAAAUGAUUGUCUAUUUUGAACAAAAUCCUCCAAAUUCUUUUUUUCCCCUGUAAUAGUGCUGAGUAAAACUUGUUCUUGAAUAAAGGUGUCAUAUCUGGGAGACUGACAGUGGGCUGUGGACAUUGAGAUGUGCAUACAAAAUAACUUCAUGUCAGCUCAUCCCAGUAAUUUGUAGCAGUACAGUAAUCAGUUAAUAACUUUCUUUUAUUGAGAUAUAACAUGAAUCUGGCUGCCACAAUGCUGUUUUCAUUGUGGAACAACAGAUAACUUGAUUUUUUUUUUGUCAGCCUUACCAAUUCCUUGUAGUAGAUGGGUUUAGGACUGUUAGAACUUUUUCCAGUCCCUUAGGUGUCUCUUCUUUGUUCUGUACUGAUGUUAUUCCUAGUAAUUGUUGACUUCCUGGCUACAGGCACACUAGUGUGAAAAUCACUGAGAGGGCCAAGCUACUUUUAAGGCUUUUAUGUAUGAUGAUGAAUCUAGAGAAAAUGUGCAAGCCUAGUAACUUAAUUCCUGUGUUGCCCUUUAAUCAAUUUUUCCAAGCACAAAGACAGAAUAAUGUUGGACAGAAUACUUUGGGGUGAUGGGCAACAAACUGGGGAUUGAUUGGUUGUUUUUGUUAAGCAAGCUGAAAGCAUUGAAAAGCAUUAGUUUUUGGGAAAUUUUAUCAGUUACUAAGCAACCUAACUUUUUUUUCUUCUUGUUGAGUUCUUACAUAGCUACUGUAAACCUAGUACUUAAAGUGGAGCUAACUGUAAUGGUUACAGGUUUCUAGAGUUGUUGACAGGGUCUUAUCAAUAAAUGUUUAAAUAAUGCUAUAAUAAAUUAUUGUGCUUAUUAGAAGAGUUAUAACUGAAUUCUCAGAUACACCUGCUGUGUGUGAUAAGCUUGAGCAAAGUCUUUGUCUUGUGAGAUGCUGAGAAAACCUUGGAAAAUAGGUAUCUUCAGCUAAUGUUUAAAUUAGUGAAAGCUGUUAAUGUCAGCCAUUCAAAACUGUGCUUUUAAAUACUGGUCCUUUUUCACUGAAAUUAAGGGCAGCUUGAAUGAGAGCUAUGCUGGGACUUUCAUGUUUUGAUGGUUUCCAUGUCUGUUGUGUAUAAUCCAUAUUGUUUUAAUGUCUUUUUUUUAACAUUAGUAUGCAUGAUAUAAAAGCGUACUGUAUAGUAUAAGCUUUGCUAAAUAAACACUUCUGUAUAUUUUUAUAUGGUGUUUUAACAUGGUUGCAUUAGUACAAAUGGUGGUAAUUCACAAAAAGUGCCACUUACCAAUCGUGCUCUGUGGAGUGUUGUGAAUGUUACCUGUACUUCGUUGUACAAACACGCUCAUGAGUGUUGUGAUGAACAUUUGCCUUUAGUCUUCGCUCAGGUACUUAUGUGGAGCAGUUCGGUGCUUUUCCUUCUAACUUGUAAUACUUGGGAUUCUAAGCAGAGAAUAAAAUCAGUGAACAAAAA